CCCUAGUGGGAGCAUAAUACAGAAUAUAACCACUAAUUUACGGUUGAAUUUUCAGAGAAAUGUAAACAAUAAUCGAAGUGUUUAUUGCAGAACUUUGUUAUUAUUGAAACGUGAAGUACAUAAAAUAUAGUUUGAUCAAUAUUAUAAUAAUCUUUUUUGAUACAAUAGUUCUUGAAUUGUGUGCUAGAAAAUUUUUUACGUCAACAAAACUAUAGAUCGAUCUCACAAUUGAUUCGUUUAUAGUAGCGUCUUAACCUCUGUGUAGCAUCAUAAACUUCAAAGAGUUAUGUUGAUUUGAUUAAAAAACAUGAUUAAUUUUUUUAAUGUUUAUAAACAACGUUCUUUACAAAAGCUUAUAGUUAAAAUAUGACAGUGUAUUAAAAGAAUAAAAGAUGACAAAGCACAUAUAGUUCGUGAUUAUGGAGUAUGACUCUGCAUCGAACUGUGAUGAUCAUCUGCGAGAAUAUGAAACUUCAGAAGAUCUUCGGCAUUUAAGAGAAAUACAUAAACUUGAACGUCCAACCUGUACUACAAGUUCAGCACCAUGGCAUUCUCUGCAGGUUGUGACAUCACAAUCAAAACUCAAAUCAGGGACAACAAACAAAAGUCUUUCUUCUCAGGUGAUGGAAUAUUAUCACAAGUAUUCUCAAAAUGCAAAUUUGGAUCAAUAUUUUUCACUGCCUUCAACUAGUACAUCACCAGAAGCGGUUAAAUGUUAUUAUAGCAUAUAUGAAGUAAAUCCGAAAUUAGAGGUUAAUAGACAGGAUUGUAUAGGAGAGGAAUAUAAUUUAAAAUCUUAUGUGCCUAGAGAAAGAAGAAGAUGGACGAGACCACCUCUUAUUGGUCAAUCUUCAAAUACAGAAUCAUCAUCCAGAUAUGUCCAAACUCCAUUGUCAAAUCUUAAAUCUCCAUCACCUGAUUUAAAACAUAAUACAUCAGAAACAAUCUUAGAAGAAAAAAAUGAAAAUCAGGAGAUAUUAACAGAAGCUAUAGAAAGGAAAAUAUCUUCUCCAACUUCUAGUAUUGCUUCUCAUAAGCCACUCGAAUGGGAUAGUGGAGCGGAUGUUGGUUAUUUUAAUACAAUACCCAACAAUAAACAAAAUGAUAAAAAAUUAAGUACAAUAGAACGAAUGGCUUUAGCUAAAGGUUGUUCCGCUGCUUUAAGAUUGGAUCCUGAAGGUACCACAGAAUCAGGAAUCUCUGGAAAACUUGCAGGAGUUCAAACAAAUUCGACUAAUUCUAUGAUUCCUGAUGCUAAUUCUACUCCAUUGUUGGGAAAUGCUUCAGGAUCGGAAAGCGAAAUUGAAAUUACACCUAUUGUGAAGAAUCAUUUACCCGGUAUAAUAUCGGGAAAUGGAAUAAAAUCUAACGAAAAAUUUUUUUCUAAGGAUCUCAAACACCAAAAUAUUUUAAUGCAGUAUUCGAAAAAAGAGUACAACUAUGACACUCCAAAAUCGACUUUUGCAUCUAAGAUACCUUUUGCAAAAUUCGCGACUGAGGUAAGAAAAGUAUCGAACAAACAGAAUACGAACAAAGAAAAUAUAUGUCCCCCAACCUCACCUUUGAAAAAAAGCACAUCGAUGAACACGUUAUUCAUACCACCCUCUAAAUUACCAUUGAAAAGAAGUCAAAGCGAGUUGAAUUUGUACGGUAGAGAUAAGGGCAAAUCUGCGUUGCCAUUAAUUUUUAAUUCUUCAUCCUCGAUCGCUACUAUUGUAAAUAAACCUUCCACUUGUGAUAAAGUUAUACAGACGACUUUAUACGCUUACACUCAAGAAUCCGUUGGCGUCCAAGUUUCGGCUCUCGAGGAAGAGAAGCCACCGUUACCAAAGAGAGGAACUAGUUUGCAAAAGGGUUCGACAUUAAUGUUGAAGAAUCCAAAGGAUACGUACAAAGUUCAAAAUUCAAGGAAACAGAAAACCAAUGAAACGCAAAAUGCUGAAACGAACGGAGAAAGGAAGGAGAUAAAACCGCAGCAAAAUUAUUCGGAACAAUCGCAGAACGAAUCGGUCAGGCAAACACCACAGCCUGAUACGGAAAAUAUAACGGGUAGGGCGAACAGCUUUGAGUAUUUUCCUGGUCAUGUAUACGAGAACGUUCCUAACGGAAGCGGUAGCCAUAUUUCAUCUUCAGAGACGGGAAGAUCUCAUUCUACCCUGCCUAAUACCAGCUCCAGUAUUAACGAGAAAUUAUGGGGUGACUCGGAUAGCUUGGUAAAGGAUCUAGAACGAAGCGUGAAUAUUUUGAAGAGUCUGGUCGAUGCGAAUAAAUGCGACAAGGAAAUUAAGAAAAGACUGAUACAUCACGUAGUUAAGAGAUUAAUCACCGCCAAAUAUACGGAUGAUAAAAUUGAGCAUAAUUUAGAAGAUAACGUUCCGUGGAAUCCAGACGAUGCCAGGAGCAAAGUUUACGGUAGGGAGAUACUUCAGGCAAUAACGAAAAAUCAUAAUACCAGCGAUUCUUCGACCGACUGGAAUUUGCAGAAGGAGUUGGCUCAGGGGAAAUCUACGAGGAGCGGAAAAUGUAUGGCAAAGAACGUUACAUCGGAAAGUAGUAGUGAUAAAAUAGAUAAAAAUACAGACAGAACGGAAACGGAUGGACGAAAAGCAAGGAUGGGUCUUAGAUCGGAUGAUUGCCAUCGAAGCAGCAAUACUAUGACCGACAAAAGCGAAAGUUCCGAAUGCUUCUUCCCGCAAAGAAGUCGUAAAGGGAACAAAAUGCAGGACAUAUUUUGCAUGAAAGAGUGUAAAAUGCAAAGAGAUUCGAAGAUGACGACAACUAGAACGACGACAAUGACAACAGCUACGACGAAUAAUACAAUUGAUCAUAAUCGAAUGUUAUUGGACGCGGUUGUUAACAACAGGAGAAAUGUUAUUCGUUCGAGCAAUACAGGGGAACAGGAUGACUGGAGGCUACUCACUACGUUUUCCGAAAGGCAAUUCGAGAUGAAGAAGCAUAGCAAUUCCGAUUCCGCAGAUUCGAAGCUAGUUAGUUAUGCUGAAAUGGAGAAAAGGAAUCAAUUGAUCUGGAUCACGAACGAGAUCAGCCACUUGUGCAAUCUAAAGAAAUUAUUGGAAGAGUCGCGAAGACCAGAUAGAUUGCGAACGUCUCCGAAAAAAUCGAGAUCGGGAAAUUUCAAGAGAAAACCGAUGGAAACAUCGUCGCACGAAUUGUCCAAAAACGAUUAUUGCAAUUGUUCGGAUUCACAAGUUAAUUCGUUGGAAGAUCCAUGGUCUUCUCAUUGUAAUUUAGCGUGUCACCAUUCCAGCACAUCUACCAGUAUUAUUCAACAUAUUAAAAAGCGAAACAGUUGUGCGCAAACGGCAACAAAUAUUACUGGGGCUUUGUCAAAGACUGGUGGUGAAAUCGUGUCCGUUUCAAACUUGCACAAUUUCUCGAUUAAAUUAGUCAGUAUCGGUGUACAAACCAUACCUCAAGAAACGUCUACAAUUCCUGCUUUGAUACAGUCGGAAAUUGUACAUUACGUCAAAUGUCCCGCGCACAGUUCGAUGCAGAUUCAAAAUAAUCACAAAUGCACCGAGCAAAUAAGCCAAUGCGUGAAGCAUCAUGCCAUUCAGAAUCUAGUUACUUGCACGCAAUGCUCACAGGAACAAAAGGAACGAUUGACCGUUCAGAAGGUGCACACAAAUAUCGAGAACUUUCAGGAGGAGAGUCCAGUUAGCUCGCAGACGUUUUCCGAUCAGACGAACGGUAACAGUAUCACCUCGAUGGAAAUACCUCAUCAUUGCGUUCAGGCCAGUUCAUCGAAGCAAAAGGAAACCAAGAAUCAAAUAAACAUUUUGAAGUUGAAAACUUGCGAUUGUAAAUGUGAGAGUAAAAAAACAUUGUCGAAAGGAUGUCAAUGUAGCUCGUCGGUAAUUACAGUGGAAUGCAACAACGUUUCUAAAUGCGAGGAAUACCAGAAGAAGAUGUUCCAUGCGCGCGACAAAGAGGAUGGAAACUCGAAAGAAUGUAACUGUACAACUGUGUGUACAGAAUAUGAUAACGAACAAUCGAAGAAAGGUCGGGCACCAAUGAAAUAUAGUUCAAAAGAUUAUCAGAUUAAUAAUGGAUACUCAUCGAGCUUGAAUCAAAAUGAUUAUAUCAAGUUGUGCGGUUGUUCAAACGAUUGUUUCUGCGAAAAUAAUCGCGAGCCGGAAGUUCAAAACGCAAAAAUGUUGUGUAGUUGCCAUUCAAAUGGGAAAGCUCAACACAACGGAGUUCACUUCCAUGGAGAAGUGGAAGAUUGUUCGGUUCAAUUGUGGCCUUAUUGGGUGAAUAAUGGACAAAUCAACGAAACGGCUCAGUACAAAGUACAAAGCAAUGUAAAAUGCAAAUGCGAGAAAGAUUGUUUUUGUAAUAAUAGGGGAAAAACUAGCGAGGAAAUAUCGCAUGGCAAAGCCUGCACCAGUGGCAAACCAAAUUAUGUAGACGAAGCGAAUCAAACGAGUGAUUCCGAUAGAAAUUGUAAGUACUGUCGUCGUUGCGGUGCAGCUUAUGUCAAGAAAUGUAAUUGUUAUCAAACGUAUCCGAAACCGAUCGCGUAUGAAUUGUCGUUCGCUAAGGAGAAUGGUCAGAAGAAUGAUAAUUUGGGUGCGUUGCCAAAAGUGCCAUUAUCGAAUCGUAGUAUUUACGAAAAUAAAAUAGAUGGCUGUGUUUGCAACAUGAUUAAAAAAGUUAGUUCAAAGAAAAAUUCUCCGCAAAAAAAUACUUUACAAGAUUAUUUGUCUAAGAAUAAAGCAGAUUUUGUAAAUAAUGCGGAAACGCGUCGACAAUACAUGUCGGAAAUAUCUCAUUUGCGUCAAUUGCGGAAAGAAAAACGAAUACAAUUGUUGGCUAUGGCUAGUACGUCGAAUGUUAUAAAAUCGACGAAAACUUCUUCUAAACCAGUUCCACAGAAGAAAAUGAGCAACGAACAGAUGAGGGAAAGAUUGCGGAAACGGUAUCUUCGUUUGAACGAAGUGCGAUAUAAACGGCUGCAACGGGAAAAGCAAGAAGAGGCGCGACGUAAUAAACUUAUGGCCAAAAUUUUUUGUAAGAAAUUACAGCAGAAGGUAUUGAGGGGCCAAGUAGAUCUGUCUCAAAGUGUUAGCGUUAUAUCCAACUUGUAAUGUUAAAGAAAUGUUUGCGUGUGCAUAGUUUAAAUAUCAAUUAGCAGUCUGAUUGUACAGAUUGUACAGAUUGUACAAUUGUACAGACAAUAGAAGAACGUACAAAUUAUUUUACCUUUCAACCUGAAAGGAUUAUUAAAGAUUUUUGUUUUCAGAAUCUUCUUCUUGAGUAUUACUUUUCUCUACUUUCAAUACUGCAUAAUACGUACUAACAUUGUGUUACUUUUUAAUCGAAGACGUGUUUUUAAAAUUAAUGAUUUUAAGAUGUGCAUGAAUGUAUAAGAAAGUUUGCGUGUAACACGUUCACAGAAUGAUAACGUAAUUAGAUCCAAGUAAUUUAGAUCCAAGAAUCUUUGACACGCAUCAUGAUUAAGAUAUUUAAUGCGUUGUUCUACAUAUUUGUGCCUAGAAUUUAUGAUAUUUAAUAUUGAAUUUAAGGAUCUUUGUCUUGCCAAGAUAUUUUCAUACUAAAAGUAAACAACCGAUGCACAUAUGUUAAAUCUGACAUGAUAAUGCAAUAAUAAUUUUCAUUAUCACGUGAAACAAUAGGGAACUUCACAACAUUGAGAUUUUAUAUUUUAAUAGUAAAAUGUUUCGAAAACUGCUGCGUCGAAAAAGCGUUCAUUUGGAAAUACAUCGCUUGUUCGUGGAAAAUUGAAAUGCUUUAAGAUGAUGAAAGUAGUUAUUAGUACCUGAAUUACAGUACACAAUUCUUUGCUAUACAUAAGACUUAGAUAAUAUAAUCUCUUGGAUUUUUACCUUUAAUAUUUUACCAUUUUGUACGACGAUUAUACUC